AUGUCCUUCAUUAUAGAUUAUAUUCACAGUGCUCCAACUCUCUUCUCAAAUGCAGUGUACAAAAAGCACCACCCACCAAUGCUGGAGGAUGACGUGUGUGGCGUCUUGAGAAGAUUGGAAAAGAUGCUCUCCAUUGUUAACCCAUCCACGCUUAGAAGGAUAUUAGGAAGAGGAAUGUCAGAAAAGAUGUGGGAAGUAACUUUAAAGCAUGCCAGGACUUGUGUUUUGGGCAGAAAACUGUUUAUAUCCCGAGGACCCAAUUACACUGUGGUCUUGAAUCCUAUAUGCCAAGUUGUGACGGCUAUGAUUGAGGGGCAAAUUUUCUCUAAUGAUAGUGACCUAACAAGCAUACAUAAGAUAUACUUGAAUGUACAGGCCUAUAUUGAGUCAUUGAUUAGAGAAGCCUAUGCAAACUGGAAUUCCUUAGAAAAAGUUUAUGGACUAUUGAAUGAGACCGCACUACUAACCCAAGGUACAUUAUCUCUAUCUUGUGAUUUGGUGGAUCAAUAUCCCAAUCAACCUCAGAGUACAGUGGCAAGAUUAUAUCAGCAACAUGCAUUUCUAACUGAUGGAUCUAUUGAAGGGGCCUCGGUGCACGACAAUGGGCAACGAGAAUGCAGUGAUCAAUGGGUCACUAAUUGUGCAAACCUCUUCACUCCAUUUGAAAAAGGCCGCCCUUUGACAAAAAUGUUGUCGCUUGGCACAAAUGUAAUCCUUUUGCUUCUCAAGUUAGUUGCUUUACUUCCCUUCUUCUGCAGAGUCAGUUACAAGCACUUGCAAUGA